ACCGAGGCUUUCAUUAUAAAUUUGUCCUGCAGCUAUUGUACAUAAGUAUUGUGUUGCAGUUCUUUAUCAGUCAAACAAUGGCUCUCUGUGAAGACCAUCCCAUCCAUGUCCUGAGACAACCCCAUCGGAGAGGAGCAGCGGCUCGUGCAUGGACAGCUAACGCCUGUACGCUUCUGAAUAUGAGCCAGUAAAAUACCCCGGAAAGAAAUAAAAGUUGUGCAGCUCCCAAGAUCGAUGAGCAGUACCAAUCCCCCUUCCGCGACCAGCCAUGUUGUCCUCACACGCCAUCCGCUGGAGCAUGGAUGCGGGCUCUCUGAAUGGCAGUCCAGAUGCAGAGGAACCGACUCCAUGAGUUUUAAAAAGGGGCUUCUUCAGGCAUCAGCUUCUCCAUCCAUCCCCUUCUGCCGCCGCUGCCCGAUGUCGACGACGGCCCAGGAGCCGCCGCACGUCCUGGCGGUGGACGACAGCCUCGUCGACCGCGUCGUCAUCUCCAGGCUCCUCCGCAGCUCCAAGUACAGAGUGACGACGGUGGACAGCGGGAAGAAGGCGCUGGAGGUGCUGAGCCUGGGCCACGAGAGCGUGCAGCUGAUCAUCACGGACUACUGCAUGCCGGAGAUGACCGGCUACGACCUGCUGAAGCGGGUCAAGGAGUCGGCGGAGCUGCGCGGCAUCCCGGUGGUGAUCAUGUCGUCGGAGAACUCCCCCGCCAGGAUCCGCCGGUGCCUCGACGAGGGCGCGGAGGAGUUCCUCAUCAAGCCCGUGCGCCCCUCCGACGUCUCCCGCCUCUGCACCCGGGCCAUCGCCGCCAUGCCCAUGCGGUAGCAACGGCCGGUCGGUGCCGUGCUGCUGAUCGGUGCUAGUCUGCUAGAUUGCUAAUCCAAUCCUCCCUCCCUCCCUCCUCUGUUGAGUUCUCACUGACGAGAUAAUCCCAUGUACAUGCGUCUGCUGCAGGGUUGCAUUCCAAUUCCAUGGUGAAAUCGAAACUGAAUGAAUUCCAUGGCAACCCACGGAAUGUAUGUAUGUAUUCAUUUACUUGCCAAUGUAUGAAAUCCACCAAUAACUGCGAAACAGUAAAGCGGCAGGCCAGCAAUCAAUUCAAAGAA